AUGUCUGAGCCAUACACCCGGGAAGUCGACAACGCCUACGGCUACAUCCCGACCCUAUACGUCUGUAUUAUCUUCGUCGUCCUCUUUGCCAUCUCGACGUCUGCACACAUCGUCCAAGCAUGUAUGCGCCGCCAGUGGUUCAUCUUCCCCACCAUCAUCUUCUGCGGUGUAUUGGAAGUACUAGGCUGGGCGACUCGUCUGUGGUCCCAUUAUGAGCCUUUUAUUUUCCUGCCGUUCCAAAUUCAGAUUGUGGCGACUAUUGUAGGCCCGACACCUCUCCUCGCCGCCAAUUUUGUGAUCUUUGGACGGAUUAUUCGGUGUUUGGGGACGAGUUAUAGUCGGUUGGCGCCUCGAUGGUAUAUGAUGAUCUUCUUCGCUUGUGACUUUUUAUCGCUGGUUAUCCAAGCUGUUGGUGGUGCGAUUGCUGCGCAAGCCGAGACGCUGGAGGGAGCGAACAGGGGCGGCAACAUAAUGCUUGGAGGAAUCGCCUUCCAACUCUCGGUCAUCGUGUUCUACUCUAUCCUGGUGCUCGAAUACUUCACGCGCUUCAUGAAGGACCGACCUGUGAAUACCAUCAAACCGUCGCAUAAGGAUUACGCACCCCGAGGAGAGCUUACGAAGGAACUCAAAUUCAUGCUCGCGGCUUUGAGUUUCAAUACUCUCUGCUUGUUCAUUCGAGCUAUCUACCGGACCAUUGAGUUGGUGGAUGGAUGGAAUGGUCGUGUUAUUACGACUGAAGUCUACUUCAACGUUUUGGACGGUGCGAUGAUCGUCCUGGCCAUCUACACUUUCAAUUUCUUCCACCCUGGUUGGUUGGUUGAGCAGCCUUUCCCGGUGAAGCGAGAAGGGAGCUCUUCUAGUGCUGAGGUUGAAUUUUAG